UUCAACGCUCUGAUGAUGAAAUAGUUAAGAAAUCAGUCCUCGGCCCUGGACUUGUUUUUCUAGUUGGGACUUUCCUGUUCCUUGUCAGUGUUGGCGGAGGACGGAGCAGUGAGGUGUCUGUUGUGAUGACCUGACAUCGGCUGCACACAACCGGAGGGAUGAAGCGGCACCAGAAAAGAGACGUCCACCAUGAGGACAUUAAGAGGUUGUGCCAGCAGAUGCAUGAAUACCCGGAUUCCUCAGUGAGGAUGAUAUUUGAUUACUAUAAAGAUGACCUGAUGAAUAUUUUGGGAAACAUAGACACGCAUGCCGUCCUGAGCCAGCUGUCAGAGAAGAAUGUGUUGAAUGCAGAGAAUUACCUGUCAUUUGCAAACCAAUGUGAAGGUGAUGUCUUACCAGCCAAAUUAUACCAAGAUAUUUUGAAUGUAGGAAGAGAAGCUGUGAUUGGAUUCUGGGAAUUUCUUUGUGCCUUACAGAAAGCCCACCCUAAUCCUAAUUUAUUGGCGGUUUUGGAUGAAAUCAACCAUACAGGUGAGCAUCUGGUGGAUCAGAUUCUGUUGGAUGAACAUGGACACUCACUGGGUCCUGAUCUGGAAGCUAUUCGGAGGGAGCACAAACAACACCUGCUCCAGAAAACUCAGACUUUAGUGGAACAUAGUCCACCAGGAACAACCUUGGAGCCACAAGAAUUCUACAUUAAUGAGCGUUAUGUUAGUCUUAUUGUUGUCUCCACCGAUGAGUUCAGGCAACGUCCCCAGAAUGAGCUAAUACAAACAGGAAUAAAACACGAGAAAUGCUUGAAGGAGGCAAAAACCAGACUGGAACACAUUUUCCCCAACAAGCUGUUCCGAUGGAGCCACCAGUCACAAGUUGUACCGCAUGCAGUAAUGGUGAGCGGAGUGCCAGGGAUAGGGAAGACCACACUGGUGCAGAAGUUUGUCUAUGACUGGGUGUACAAAAACCACUAUCAGAGAUUCGAUUUUGUCUUCUUCUUUAGAUUUCGGGACCUUAAUAGGCUGGGAAAGGUCAGCUUGGAGGACAUGAUUAUUCAUCAAUAUCCAUAUCUGGAGCGUCAGAUUGGAAAUAUUUUAGAAGACCCUGAGAGACUUCUGUUUAUAUUUGAUGGCUUAGAUGAAAGUGUUCACCAAAUAGAUUUCAGAUCAAGUAAACUGUCCAACCAUAAAGUGAAAGAAUGUUUUGGUGAGAUUGUGGCCAGCUUGGUGAGGCAGAGUCUACUGAAGGGUUGCUCUGUACUGAUAACCAGCCGCCCAACCAGGCUGGCAUCCAUUGAUACCGGGGUUUUCCAGAGAAUAACGGAGAUCAUGGGAUUUCUGCAUGGAGACAGACUGAUCUACUUUAAAAACUUCUUUGGAAAUGAGGAACUGGCCGAAAAAGCUUUUCAGUAUGUGCAAGAGAAUGACACUCUGUACACUUUCUGUUAUAUCCCUUCAUACUGCUGGAUCAUCUGUAAGGUGUUAUCAAUGUGCUUUAAAUCCCAACCAACAAUCACUGACCAGCUGAUGGCAUCAUUGCCCAAAACAGUGACACAACUCUUUGUGACUUUUGUUGCCAACAUUCUGGCCAAUCACCAUCAGAAUAAAGAUGGUGGUCACACUAGUGGUCAGACUGCCCAGGAACUGCUGACCUCUAUUGGUUGGAUGGCAGAACAUGGAGUCAUGAACCACACGAUAGUAUUUGAUAAGCGUCACCUGGACUCAUUCCAUGUGAGAAAUGAAAAUUGCCUCUCUUCAUGUUUCGUCCUAGAAUCUGGUCGGCCUCCCUUGGUGGAUUAUACCUUCUUACAUCUCACUCUUCAGGAGUUUUUUGCUGCGUUAGUUCAUUUUAUUGAUUAUUUUCCCGACAAGUUACAGAAAUCUCUUAAUAAGGCAGAAUCUUCCAAAGACGGCCGUGCCGAAAUAUUUCUCCAGUUCCUCUGUGGUCUCUCCGACUCUUCUACUCGAUCCAUGUUAAAGUCCCAUGUGGGAGAAUUGUCUACCCAGGCCGCUAGAGAUGUCAUCACUUGGAUUCGGGGGAAAAUUGCCAAACCCCAAGAAGGAAAGAGGGCCCUUCUAAACAUGUGCUACUGUCUCAAAGAGAGCAGGAACAAGCCUCUGGUCUUACAAUGCAUUGGGUCCAGAAAAACGUUUGAGUUGUACAAUGUUCCUCUCAGUCCUAUAGACUGCUCGGUGUUGUCUUUUAUCCUGGAAUCCUGUGAGAAAAUAGAAAAAUUGUCUCUGAGAAAAUGCAGAAUUCCAGCUGAAGGUGUAAGAAAACUUUUACCGGCUCUACGCAGCAUCAAAAUUUUGAGUUUGGUCAAUGAUGAUCUGGCAGACAGUUCCUGCACCCACCUGGCAUCUGCAAUAAGAAAUAACCAGGUUCUGGAGAAGCUUAUUCUGUCUCAUAACAAACUGGAGGGUCCUCACUUCAAGGAGCUGAUGGAAGCUCUGCCAACAAGCCAGAUAGAUGAAUUAAACUUGACACACAAUAACUUGCACCAUUCCUGCACCGACCUGGCAUCUGGAAUAAGAAAUAACCAGACUGUAAAGAGACUUGACCUGUCUUAUAACAAACUGGAGGGUCCCGACUUCAGUGAGUUGAUGGUAGCUCUGCCAACAAGCCGGAUUACAGACUUACGUUUGACACACAAUAACUUUCACCAUUCCUGCACUGACCUGGCAUGUGCAAUAAGAAAUAACCAGACUCUGAAAAUACUUGACUUGUCUCAUAACAAACUGGAGGCUCCUGACUUCAGGGAGUUGAUGGCGGCUCUGCCAACAAGCCAGAUUGAGGACUUACGUUUGACACACAAUAACUUGCACCGUUCCUGCACUGACCUGGCAUCUGGGAUAAGAAAUAACCAGACUCUGAAGAAACUUGACUUGUCUCAUAACAAACUGGAGGCUCCUGACUUCAGGGAGUUGAUGGCGGCUCUGCCAACAAGCCAGAUAGAGGACUUACGUCUGUCAUUCAAUAACUUGCACCGUUCCUGCACUGACCUGGCAUCUGGCAUAAGGAAUAACCAGACUCUGAAGAAACUUGACCUCUCUCAUAACAAACUGGAGGCUCCUGACUUCAGGGUGUUGAUGGCGGCUCUGCCAACAAGCCAGAUAAAGGAAUUAGAUCUGAGUCAUAAUAAACUUACAGAGGCAUCGUGCAGCGACCUGGCAUCUGGAAUCAGAAAUAACCAAACUCUAAGGAAACUUUCUCUGGCACAUAACAAUCUGGAGGGUCCUCAUUUCAGGAACCUGAUGACAGCUCUGAGAACAAGCCAGAUAUUGACAUUAGACAUUACUACCAAAGACAUAUCGGAAGAAGCCAUCAUAGAACUACGAAACAUCCGGCCUGGACUUACCAUCAACACUUCUAGAUGAUAAAGCCAGAAGAAAAGACAUCACUACGGCUCUAAGUGGAGGAUACUUAGCUUGCUCUGUGUAUCAUAUUUGACUUCUUCUUCAAGCACUUAAAGUGGAGUUCCACCCAUUUUUUUAUGUUUGUCUGUGCUGCAUGCUCUAAUCUCAUA